AUGGAUGUAGAAGAAAACUCAAAUGGUAAAGAUGUUUUUCUAGAGAAAUGUAUUUCAUUUGCUGAAAUCACUUCCACUGACCGAGCACUUGGAAUGAUGUAUCUUCAAAAAUAUAACUGGGAUCUAGAGCUUGCGGUGAAUAAAUACUUCUUAACACAACAGAAUAGUUCCACAAGUAAGAAACAAAAGCUCAAACGAACUUAUCAACAAUCAAAUGAACAACCGACUGUGAUCGAUCUUACUAAUUCGGAUGAUUCGUGUAAUAAUAGUCUGACAGAACAAACAGUAUCAACAACUAGAACUGAAUCAAUUGAAAAUUUGCCAAUAUUCAAUGUUUUAUCGUGGAAUAUUCAAGGUUUAGAGUCAGCAAACCUAAACAAACGAAUGAUGUCUGUAGUGGAGACAAUAAAGAAAGAAGAAUUCCAUGUAGUUUGCUUACAAGAAGUUAUACUUGUCUGUUUAGAAAUUCUCCGUGAGAAGCUCGAGUCAACAUAUGAUAUUUUUUCUGCAUCUGAUCAUAACUCUCUAUGGGAUUAUUUUGUUGUCAUUUUAGUUAAAAAACAUCCAGAUAUAAAGGUUGACGCGGAUUCUGUUAGUAUUCAACCAUUUCCUAAUUCUGUAAUGAAUCGUCAUCUGCUAUCUAUUGAUCUGAAUUUAUCACAGUUUCUAUCCAAGUCCAAUUUUGAAUUAAAUCUACGAAUAUUCACUACACAUUUGGAAAGUUGUGCAGAAUACUCUGGUGAACGAGUGACUCAAUUGAAAAGUGUUUGGGAUACAAUGUACAGUUAUGUCAAUUGUGGCGAUUCAAAAGCUGGUUUAAAUAAAGGUCGUGCAAGUAUAUUUUGUGGUGACCUAAAUCUGAGGGAUUCAGAGGUCAGUGUGUUAGGGGGCUUACCGUUUGGAAUACAUGAUGUAUGGUAUGAAUGUGGACGUCGCAAUGAGAUAAGAAAUACUUGGGACCCUAUGCACAACCUAAAUGCUCGACGUCAGUUCAGAGGUAUUCCUCGAGCUCAUAUGACUUUCCGAUAUGAUCGCAUGUAUGCGUUAGGUUCCAGAUUAAAACCCGUUGAUUUUGGCCUUCGUGGAAUCGAAAAGGUUAAGAAUCUUCCGUGUUUACCUUCUGAUCACUGGGCUAUACUUGGUCGAUUCUUAUUAACUGAUUUGUAA